GCUGAAAAGAAAAGGCAAAUGGAGAAGCAGAGUAAGAAACACUUUGUGCUUGUCCAUGCGGGAUGCCACGGCGCGUGGAGUUGGUACAAGGUGAAAACACUUCUAGAAGCUGCGGGACACUGUGUCUCUGCUAUCGAUCUGUCUGCAUCGGGUGCCAACACGACCAGAGUGGUAGAGAUUCAGACGUUGGAGGAUUAUUCCAAGCCAUUGCUAGAGAUGAUGGGCUCGCUUGCCUCUGAAGAAAAGGUGGUCCUAGUCGCUCAUAGCGUGGGACGUAUACCGGCUGCUCACGCUGCUGACAUCUUUCCUUGUAAGACCGCUGCUAUUGUCUUCUUGACAUCGUCGAUGCCCGACACCAAAAACCCGCCUGCUUACGUUGUCGAAAAGGUACAUAAAAAUGUCUCAGCAUAAAAUGUUUUUUACUAAGCUACGGUGAUUCGAAGCUACGGGACAUGUGAGCGUCCUCUACAGACUAUUCUUUUCGGACCAAAGUUCUUGGCCGAGAAAUUUGACCAACUGUCUCCAGUUGAAGAUCUUGAAUUGGCGCAAAUGUUGGUGAGGGUAAACCCAUUAGUUACUAAUAAUCUGGCAGGGACACGAAGUUUCACUGAGAAAGGGUAUGGAUCGAUUCCACGUAUUUAUAUUAUAUGCGAAGAAGAUAAUAUAAUACCUAAGGAAUACCAGCACUGGAUAGUCAGGAACUUUCCACCAAAAGAAGUAGUAAAGAUCAAAGAUGCUGAUCAUAUGCCAAUGAACUCCAAGCCUCGAGAACUUUGUGCUUGUUUCUUGAAGAUCGCAGAUACGUAUGCAUGAAUCAAACCUGA